AUGUGCCGGUUACCGGCGUCACGGUUUACCACGGCUAUCAGAAGAACCCCCAGAGCCAAGGCAAAGACCCGCUCCUCCCGUGGUGGGCUCCAGUUCCCAGUCGGCCGUGUUCACAGGCUGCUGCGCAAAGGAAACUAUGCGCAGCGUGUCGGUGCCGGUGCCCCCGUCUACCUGGCGGUUGUGCUGGAGUAUCUGACCGCUGAGAUCCUGGAGUUGGCUGGAAACGCUGCCCGCGACAAAAAUAAGACCCGUAUCAUCCCCCGUCACUGGCAGCUGGCUGUCCGCAACGACAAGGAGCUCAACAAGCUGCUGGGUGGAGUCACCAUCGUGAAGUUAAGAAACAGCUCUAUUAAACUUUUAACGGGUUUAUAUUAGCCGACACAUUUAAACAACUGGUGUGAUGAUGCGUUGCACUGACAGGAGAUGCCUGGUACGUGCUGUCGCUCAUGAAUGGUCAAACGAAUAUUAGCCUACUGUUUUAAAGUGUAGAACGCGAAAAUAGGACGACGCCUGUAUUGUUAUUAUUAUUAUUAUUAUUAUUAUUAUUAUUAUUAUUAUUACUGCGGUAAUACCGGUUACCGUGGUAUUUUUGCCUACGGUUAUCAUACCGUCAAAAUCUCAUACCGGCACAUGCCUACACUGAAGAAAACAUAAUUAUUAUAUCAUGUUCCAUUUUUGCCACUAUAUCCCCCUACACACUGUUCCUUUAAAUGUGUUGGGAUUCACGGGACCACAGAUGAUUUGUCAUUUCUUAAAAUCUAAACUGGACAUGUGAGGGCUUUUCUUCUCUGCAUGCUCUUUGUUCCUCAGACAAAGAGAGCUAUUUCUCACCUCAGUGAGACCAGUCGUCAAACUUGAUUGGACAGGACUUUUACAGUGACAUGUGACUCUCUGAUGUCAGAGGCAACUGUAGAAGGUCUGCUCCCUUCAGACAGUCUUCCUCUUGCUCGUGAGCUGUCGACCAGCUCACACCACCUCUAGCUCCUGGGCCUUUGGCCAGCCCAGACAGACCUCUCUUCCUCCUGGGCUCUGACCAACUCAGAGGCCAUUGCCCCAAACCACUAAAGGGAGGGCAAUUGCCCACGCUCAAGGCAGAGGCAAACCUGAACCAGAGAAGUUAGAUUUGCAAGCACAAGGUUUGCAACUAACUUUCCAGCAACAAGGAGAACCAAGUUCAGUUAGCACCCCAGCAUCUAACUCUGCAGCUUCCUCAGAUCUGCAACAUAGCUUUAUCACAGCUUUACAGGCUAAGCAAGACUGUUUUACUUGUUGUAUGUGAUUUAAUACUGUUGAGUCAUUGUGAUUGUUUGCAGUUAAGUCAUUGGUUAGUUGGCUUCGCCAAAGCUACAGUAAGUGAUGUUAGUUUGCUAAUGCUGUUCAUAGACAACAUCUUGCAUGCAACUAAACAUCCCCUGCACUGAUCCAGACCCUUUGCAACACAGAUCACAUUCACAUAGACUCAUUUACAAACAGGCUUUCAACAGAGCUACACCCAAAGAGGCAACUCAAAGUUAAAUAUAAUUCUUUGGAAUCAUACCUGCUGUCUGUUUAAUGUUGCACAAGGCUGAAUGACUAGUUAACCUCUGCUGCAUCAAGAACUCCGAAAUCCUUCAGGCUUUACUGUUAAUUUGGUUAUGGUUAUUAAUUUAAUUAUUAAUCAAAAAUUCCAAAUUAAUAGUUUAGUGUAUUUUAUGAGACUGCUAUCUUAAACUGACUAUCAUUUUCCCUUUUCGGGAAUAGUGCCCCACGAGGUAAUUUAAUGUAAAUUAAGUUAUAUUAUUGAACAUAAUCAGUAAUUAUUAUUAUUAUUCAUUAAUUAUUUCCGAUAGCCAAUUUGAUACUCUAUUUGGACAUCUAGGUCAGGCCCGUGUUAAGGCUUAAGUCCAAACAGAUGGUGCCGCUGUGUAAAACAUAACACUGGUACCUAGAUCACAACAAAUAGUAUCCCCUCUUUUACAGUAUCACCAAUAUAAUUUACAACAUUAAUAAUGUCCCCCCUCUAGGCCCAGAAUUGUUCCCUACAUUAUUGGUGCCCCUUGGUGAGGCCUAAUAUUGUUGUUCCCAACAAAUGUAAUUCAUCCAAUAUUUUUUAUUUUUUGGGGGAGAUUUCACUCUGGACAACACACAGGUAGAGUGGUUAAAAAGUUCAAUGAUUAAUUGUAACCCUCUACAUACAAAUAGUGU